AUGGAUCUUUUUUCAGCCACUAAUCGAUCGGCAAGAUCACAGCAAUCCAAUUCCACGGCGAACGGUCAUCACUCUUCUGUGUCGAGUGCUGCGAGCCGUUCUGCAGCGCCCGCUCAAUCGCGACGGAGUGGAAGAGAACUGCUAGAGACAACGUCAGAAGAAGAUAAAAGCCUUUUUGUGCGUUGUGUGGAGCAGGUGCAGCGACAGCUUAAGCCAAAUAUUAAUUCACCCAGCACGCUUCACACACUGGCAUCAUACUACACGCGGGAGGAGCCAUAUGUGGAAGGGCGGCCGUUUUGUGUCUCGCUCAGCUACGCGACAUUUCUAUUUCAUAUGCAAAUGGCACGUGUGAGCGAGAGUGAUGUGCAGUUGUACGCUCACUUAAUUAAUGCGAUUCUUGCUCAAAUAUCCGAUGAUGCUCGCAUGACUCAUCCCUUUGUGCUUCGCGUUUUGCGAGACGCCGUGUUUGGUCUUCCUUCCCCAACAUGUGUGGGUGGGGCUCACUGCGUCGCGCUUGUGCCGCCGCUGCAGUACCGUGCAUUUGCCUGCCUUGCUACCUCGCUUGUUGACCUCCGCAUCGUUCCCGUGGACAUUCUCUAUCAGUGGCAAGACAAAUUGGAGGCACUGUGUGACGCCCAGUCUCCUCUGGUGGCGAACCGGGCUCUAACGCUUAUUGUGCACACCAUCGGAACCAUUCGGAUGGAUGAGCAGAUUGCCGCAUUGCAGUAUGUCUUGAAGACAAGACCCCGCAAGAUGAAUGUGGACUUUUUGUUGGCCUGUUAUGAAAGGCUGAAGCGGGCGGUCCCGGAACCCGUCAGAGGACCCAUGUAUGGACGGGCCAUUUCUAUUCAUUGUAGCGAGUUGUUUCUUCGAUUCCGCUCACCCAUCCGUCGGGAGUACGUGGAACGGUUUCUUUACCCGAGUUUAAGCGGAGCCGACAUGCAAUCGUUAGUACAAAUUCCCGCAACCCGCCAGCAUCUUUGUGGGGAGUUACUUCGGCAAUGCACACCAGGGAUGAGUCCCUCAAAUCCGUAUUACCUUUGCUUGUGUGCUGUCAUGCAGUGGGCAUUUGAGGACGAGAUCGACGGAGCCAUGGAGAUGGUGGAGCUUAUUAAUUGCCAAAUGCCACAUGCUGCAUAUUUUGCAGCAACAUUGGCAGUGGAUACACGCAUGUCUGUGGCCAUGUUUGCCAAAAUAAUUAUUGCUCUUGUACGUGGUGCAGGUCUUGCCAUGACGGGACGAGAGGUCUCUGACGAUGUCGCUACAGCUCUUCGGAAUCGUACAAACGUGUACAGUGUGUUGUUUCUACUACGUGAAGUGGUGCGGAACUGCUCCAUCACGGCGUCACGACGAGCAACCGAUAUGCACAAGGCGCUCUCCAUCGCGGUGCCGGAAAAAACGGUGGAGGCACUUGGAAAACUUGCCAUGGAGGCGUUUAAUGAUUGCAAUGAGGCUACUGUCGACCCACAGUUGAUUUGCGCGGAGCUGGCGAUGGUGUUGCAUCAGCUGCAUAUUGAUGAGGCAAUGGAUGCUGCAGUGGCGCACCUACGCGAUGUGACGGCAUUAUGCAUUUUUUGCGGUUUGGGCCGCGGUGCCUCAACGCUGUGCGAAGUAAACGGUACGAUGCACAUGACAGGGCAUGCCUCUGUGGGUCGUGUUCUGACGACACUCGCCGAAUGUGCCGGGAUACCAUCGGUUGAGGGGAAACUCAUUCAACUGCUGCGUGACCCGGCAACGCAGAUGGACAGCGCCGUUCAUUUUUUGUUGUUUCACAUACUCUCGCACGCCGGGCAACACCGCCACACACUUUUCCAGGCUGUGGAACCGUACAUCCGCAGCACGCUCACGACGUUGUUGAGCGCCGAUCGGGCGUCAAGCGCCGGUUUGGUACCGAGUCAACAGAAGGCGAACGUUCUUAUGUUGCACGUGAAAAUCGUCAUUCUUCUUGCGAAUUCUAUUGAGCCGUCGUAUGUGGAGAGCAUUCUUCGUGUGUUUUGUGAGGUCAGGCUGCGAAACAAUCACGAUGCGUUGGCGCUGUGGUAUAUGGCCAACCUUCUUCUCCGCCAGGGAAAAGGGAAUGUGGAGCUGCUUCCAACCGAUCCAGCAGAGAAUAACUACAGUGUCAACUACCCCAGCUGCGCCCCAAUGUGCAACACCACCGCCGACAAUGCGCAACUGCUACUGAAAAUCAUAGAUCGAUCGCACAGCUUCAGUGACGAAAUGCGAAAGCUGGUGGGGUGUUGCGUAUGCAAACUCAUUCAGGAUUUCAAUGUUCAGUCCCCGAACAUUAUUGGAGCAUUAUUAUCUCCUUUUGGUUUUGUCCCUGUGGGACUACAACCUCUCAGUGAGUACGCGCUGCCUGUUGGGGCCAGCAGCACCUUUUGGACGUUCUUUGUACACCAGAUGAAGACGUCUGCCCCAGCACGUGUUGCCUUCAUGACAGCUCUUGCGAAGUCGAUAUCACAGCGCUUUCGUAUUGCGGCACCAGCCGAUGCCGUGUGUAUUGAUGGAACCGAGGCGACAGGACAUCUUUUUGCGGUGAUGAUGUACGAGGCGAUGAAACGUAACCCGCCACUGACUCGUGUUGUGCUACAUAUGAUUUCGCAGUGGGUUAAACAACAAAAUCAUCCUCCGGGUCGGUUCGCGUGUCUUUUAUACAUUUGUACGCAGUUAUUGACUGUUGUGGUGCAACGCGGCACUGGGCUUGAUGCGAUUGAACUGGCAGCUGAGACGAGACAAGACAUGCAUCAGUUUGCAGAUGCCGUGACAAAAACAACCACGAUUGUUCGCGGGCAGCUGCCACGUCUUGCCCGACUGGGGCCAUUGGUUCGCCAGGAAAAUAUUUGGUUUUAUCAAGUGCUUCACCGUCUGCACCACAAGACAAGGCGCCUUGUGGAGGAGACAACCGGUGAGAAGUGUGAUGAGGGCUCGUCCGUAUUUGAUGAAGGUUUCAACACGACAAUGAACAAAACGGCGGAGCUCACAGGCGGUGCGUCUGUUGGGACGAACGUCCAAGAAGCUUAUCUUCUGGACUCCCUUCACCAGCCGGAUGACAAUACCGUGUUUGAGGAUUACAUGGAAGGCGAUGAUACGAUGUCUCCUGCUCAACCCUCUUUGGCGCAGCGAGAAAAACAGGCGGUCUAUGACCCAUUGCUACAAGAGGAGCAAAGAAAACGGCAGAAGGAGGAGUCGACGGCAUCGGCUCCGGUUUUACGUGCACACAAGAGUUCUUUGUCAUCAAAGAGGGACCAAAGUACCAUGACUUCAUCUGCAGGCAGUGUUGGAUCUGUGCGAGAGAGACACCCACGUCGGGAGGUCUCCUUUGUUUCCGUUGACGAUGCGGAAGACGCAACUAAAAACAUGAAUGAGGAUCCCGAAGGUGCGCUACCUCUUCCCAUCGCACAUUCAACGCAAAGCGCUGUGGGAAACAACACGGCGGCGAAAGACCAUGCAUAUCAUUCUUUGGUGUCGCGGGGGGUACAAACCAGCUAUCAGGAGUCUCGAGGUGUUUCCUCGAGCGUCGUUGACAAUUCCUCUGGACGGGAAAACGAGAGUGCAUCCACCAUGAAUGCCGGAGUCACGCAGAACGAAAUGCGUCGAUACCGUCAGCAAGAGCCGAGUUUUAUUGACACCAAAAACAACAAUGAUGACGCCAACAACUCUUGGCGUGAGCCCGACCUCGAGGCUGAGAACGAAGGAGACGAGGAACCCAUCGAUAACUUAGCCCUACCGAUACUGCAAGCUUCGACUCCUCAUGUGGAUGGUGUUGCCAUCCCUUCCGGCCUUGUUCUUGAGUAUUUGGCCACGCAUCAGGGGGCUAAAUCUGUACUUCAUGAAUUGCAGCAAUUUGAAAAGGAAUUGCAAGCCACACGUGCACAGGCUGCAGAGGUUGUGAGUUACGGUGCAAAUAACUACGAUGAACCUCACCAGGGCCGCGUCUUCACAGCCACGGCUUCACCGCACACGACUAUUCUCCCUGUCACAAUGGAGCGAAGACCAAACAACUAUAGCGUUCCACAUGCAACGCGCGCACCAGCUCCAAGCAAAACCGUCAUGGCACGCCUUACCAUGAUCCAGGCUUCCGAGAGGCAGGGACAGCACGAGGUGCAGGCCAGUAUUCAAGACGAAAAUGAAGCAUCCGUUGUCAAGAAGAGACGUGUGGAAGACGAACGAAGGGGAGCGGAAUUGUCUCGGAAUGAUGCGAAAAAGGCGAUGUUGCAGACUCCAGCGGCGAAAAUGGGCACUGGGGCCCAAUUCUUUCUUCACCAAAGCGUUUCUUCCGUCAUGAAGGAUUUGGGUGGCAUGCGGAGGCAGGUAGAGGCCAUGAAUUCUGUAAUGACACCCAAUCAGGGCGGUACAAUCGGUGUGCCACUCAAUCAAGUAACUCCUUAUGGCCAGAUGGUGCUUCCAGAAUGUUUUGUGGAGCAAAACAACGACACCGCCGUGCGGGAGAUUCGCCAAGUGAUGGGAACGCACAACCCCAACGACAGCCGUCUGUCCACUGGCGGGCGGCGAAAGAUUCGUGGCACUGGAGGCUCAAUCAUCGGUGAACUAGAGAACAGUGCGGCAUGGUGGGACGAGAAGAGUUCGGCUCCCAUGCCGCAGUUUGCCACCGAUCCACAGUACUCCAUGGAGCUUUUCUAG